GAAGCGAUGAAGGCGGCUUCACUUCGGCAAAGAGAAUCAAAAUAUCAAUUUAGCUGCGAAUAUACUGUCCCGCAUCUUUAAUCGUCAGUAAUGGAGUACGGGAAGGAGAGAGUGGUGGCGUUGGUCGACAUGGACUGUUUCUACGUGCAGGUGGAGCAGCGGCUCAACCCGGCCCUUGAGAAAACUCCCUGCGUGGUGGCGCAGUACAAGACCUGGAAGGGGGGCGGUAUCAUAGCUGUGAGCUACGAGGCAAGGGCCCAUGGUGUAACCAGGAACAUGUGGGUGGAGGAUGCAAAAAAGCUGUGUCCAGAUCUGCAGGUGGCACGGGUGCGCGAAUCUCACGGCAAGGCAGACCUGACCCAUUACCGGGACGCCAGCGUGGAAGUGAUUGAAGUGAUGUCUCGCUUUGCUGUGAUUGAGAGGGCCAGCAUUGAUGAGGCCUACAUGGACUUGACCGCUGGAGUCCAGCAGCGGCUGAAAGCCAUGACUGACAAAGAAAUUGACGCUUGCCUCCUCAAGGCCACCUACAUCCAAGGGUACCCUCAAAUUGGACUUGAAUCGUCCUCUGAAGAUGGCGUACUUACAGAGGACUCUGUCUUGGAUAAAGAGGAGCAGAGGUCCAGAGGUCUCCAGCAGUGGCUGACGUCCUUACCUCCUUCAUCAGGUGAGCAGAACUCUGCAGACUUGCAGCUAACUGUGGGAGCGAUCAUUGUGGAGGAAAUGAGGGCAGCUGUGGAAAAACACACAGGUUUCCAGUGUUCAGCAGGAAUAUCACAUAAUAAGGUGUUGGCCAAGCUAGCCUGCGGUCUGAACAAACCCAACAGACAAACUGUCCUGCCUUUGGACUCCGUGGCAGAACUUUUCAAUUCGCUGCCCAUCGGCAAGAUUCGAAACCUGGGGGGGAAGCUGGGAGCUUCAAUUACAGAAGCUCUGGGAGUCGAGAACAUGGGAGACCUCACUCGCUUCUCUAAGGCACAACUAGGGCAGCACUUUGGAGAAAAAACAGGCCAGUGGUUGCAUGACUUGUGUCGGGGGAUUGAUUUUGAAGCUGUUAAACCCAGACAGCUGCCCAAGUCCAUCGGCUGUAGUAAAAACUUCCCUGGGAAGACAUCGCUGGCUACUAAAGAGCAGGUCCAGUACUGGCUUAAUCAACUGGCCCUGGAGUUGGAGGAGAGGCUGACCAAAGACAAGGAAACGAAUGGCAGAGUGGCUAAGCAGCUAACAGUCGGGGUGCGUCAGCUCGGUGACAAGAGGCCGAGCAGCUUCUCUCGGUGCUGUGCGUUGGUGCGCUAUGAGGCGACCAAAAUAUCCAGCGACAGCUUUGCCAUUAUCAAGAGCCUCAACACAGCAGGAAACCACCAGGCUGCCUGGACGCCACCUCUCUCCCUGCUCCAUCUGUCAGCCAGCAAAUUUAGCGAUGCCCCCUCAGCUGGGGGCAUCGCUGGCUUUCUUUCAAGUGACGUGGCUUCAACUCAGAGUUCUUUCUCCAGCACUCAGCCAACCUCUAAACUGAAAAAUGAAUCCACAUGCAAUCAACCUGGCAGCAUUCAGUCUUUCUUUCAAAAGGCAGCUGAGAAACAAAAACAGGUUAGGAAGAAUGGAGAGGAGGAAGAGGAUGGUACAGGUGCCAAAGAGGUCCCCCUACUGGUCAAACUUGAUGAAGAAUCUGCCACUGAUGGUCAGACGGAGACGGAAACCUGCCCCUCUGUAUCUUCAUCUACAAGGUUGUCUCAUUCUAAAAUCAGCUCGGCCAGCCCAAACUCGGGCAUCUCCUCUUUCUUCCAGAAGAAAACCUUUGAAAGAAGCUCCCAGGUCUCUGUCUCCUCUCCAAACAAGAUGGACUCGGGACAAAAACCAGGAGUUAUAGACAAAGAGGACACUGAUUCUAUUAAAUCAUGUACGCAGUCAAAAAACGGCUCAACGUUUACAUCUCAUCAGUCACCUGACAAAGAGUUAAGGGAAGAAGCAGAGACUGCUCCAGGACCGACUCACUUUCCUCCCAGUGUGAUCAGAGAAGACAUAUUGAGCUGUGAACGCUGUGGUGAAGAGGUGCUGGUCUGGGAAAUGCCUGAACAUAAUGACUAUCACUUUGCUUUGGACCUCCAGAAAUCCCUCUCUUCAUCCACAGCUUCAACAACCCUGUCUUGCUCCUCCUCCGUGAUCUCCUCUCCCCCCAGCACAUCCCUGACUCCUCUCAGAGCAAGAGCAGGGGGCACAGCCCAGUCCUCGCAGGGCAAGACCAAACCCAGAGGACACACGGGACCUGCGCCAAAGAGACCCCGCUCCCAGGGAGGAAGUACAGGGACUCUGGAUUCCUUUUUCAAGAAGACCUAAAGUUUUAGAGCAACAGUGCAUUUGCUGAUGACAUUUAAAAUAAUAGUAGCAUAAAAAAAUUGGAUUUGAUAUAUACAUAAUAAAGACAAAGUGAUAUAUUCUUUAAUGUUUUCUAAUAAUGAAAAGCCAUAUUAGCAGAAUACAGUAGCACUAUUUUUAAAUGACCAUUUGCUGUGUACACAUUAAAGAAUGUAUUCACUGAAUUUGGUUUUAAUCAUAAGUUUAAAAAGACAAUAGUUUUAAGGACUUAUUUAGUAAACCCAUACAUAUUAAAUGAUUUUCCGGCAUAGCAGUGACAUUGAGCUGCAGUAUUGCCAUCUACCAGCAGAUGUCAGUAGUCAAUUGAUCGAGCAACAAUCCCUCUUGGUCGUUUACAUAAAGGUUUUUUGUUUGUGUUUUUAAAUUAAAUAUAUCAUAGUAUGUUUUUGUAUUUACAACACUUUUCAAUUAAAAUGGAACAGAGAUAUGACAAAACACUUUUUAUUUAAAAGCACUUUCGUGUUUAUGGUAGUUAGGCCGCUUAUCAGACAAGCACAGCAACCGUC